AUGGAUCGUUAUUCACCACGUCCACCUCCUCGAAGCUACAGUAAUCUGAAUGUGGACUGCAUAGAUGGUGUAAUACGCCCGGUACCGCAACACAGCCCACUCACCAAGCAAGUAAAUCAACUCGCUUAUGAGAUCCCGAAGAAUAAAUACGCGCAGAAUCCAUGGAAUUACGCUCCAGAGUUUCUUAAGGUAUUCGGUGAUGUUCGAGUACAUGUGGGUGGAAAAGCUGUAUUCGAUUGUGUGCUUCUGGGGAGUCCGCGGCCAAAGGUAUGUUGGUUAUUCAAUGACGAAAAAAUGUGUUUCAAUGAUGUUCAAGUGGACGACACUGCUGAUGUCUGCCGCCUAACUAUCCCUUAUGUUAUGCCUCAUCACUUCGGAACAUUCACUGUGCUUUGCGAAAACGAAGUUGGACGAGCUGUCGCGUCUGCACAUCUGCUUCCGUUGUAA